UGUUAAAAUGUCUACUUGGGAAAUGAAAUGGUUACUAUUUCUCUAACAAUAAGGAAACGGACUAACACAUGAGUUAUGGUUCGUGUUGGAGACGUGUUUUCAGUUUCGUGACGAAGACAGCAACGAGACGAGGCGGCGGAGGAGUGGUUCAUAUUGCCUUUCCUCAUCUUCAUCAAGCCCACAGUCCGGACCACGGGGGAAGGAUCCUAUCCCUAACUUUGUUUUUCUCUCUACUCCAGCCGUUCAUUUCUCCCUGUUGGAUGCCACAUUACUGAAUCCAGUCGCUUGCUGAGACUGAAAGGGCCAAGUGAACAGCAGCAGAGAAUGGCUGCAGUGGAAACAGACAAGGAGCUCAGCGACUUGCUGGAUUUUAGCGCGAUGUUCGAGCCUCCAGUUUCAAAUGGCAAGAACCGGCCAACUACUCUCGCCAGCAGUCAGUUUGGGGGUUCAGGUAUAGAUGACAGGAGUGGGUCCAGUCCCUGGGGACCAGGGGAACAGAACAGUCCAUCUUUCAACCAGGGAAGGGGUUAUGGAGAAGACGGCCUUUACAGUGAACAAGAGGGUAUGGCAUCUGCUCCCAUAUUUGGAUCAGGGAUUGGUGGGAAGGCUGAGCGAGGACCGUACUCAUCGUUUGCAGCACAGCCUGGCUUUAUGCCCAGUGAGAUACCCAUGCCCAGUCCUGAUGCCCUCUCCCCAUCUGGCCUGAAGUCCAACUCUCAGUUUUAUUCCUCCUAUGAAGGGAGCAACCCUCGCAGGAGACCCUCACAGGACCCCAUUGAGCCACAGCCAAAAAAGAUCAGGAAGGUGCCCCCUGGCCUGCCCUCCUCAGUUUAUGCAUCAGCCUCAGGAGAGGAUUUUAACAGGGACAAUGCUGGCUACCCGGCCUCCAAGGCAGGAAGCGUCUACCCACCACCAUUCUACAUGCAAGAAGGCCUCCACCCGCCCUCCGAUCCAUGGGGCUCUGCUGGGUCGAUGGUUCAGCCUGGUUUUUCUUCCAUGCUGGGCAACUCCCCCCAUCUGAACCAGCAUGGUCCCUUCACCGCCAUCAACCCCCAAGACAGACUGAAACGGCAGCCACUACCCCUCUCUCCACAAAACUACCCCCUGCAUGGCAGUGAGGUGAAUGGGGCUCAUCCUGCUGGUUUCCACUCCGGCUCCAGCAGCUUUGGAGUUGCCAACCACACACCUCCCAUCGCUGGAACUGACACCAUUAUGGCCAAUCGGGGAACAGUACCUGGGAGUUCAGGUGAUGAGAUUGGAAAGGCCCUGGCAUCUAUCUAUCCUUCAGACCCAAACAGUAACGCCUUCCCUCCGUCCCCGUCUACUCCCUCUGGCUCUCCUCAGGCUGUAUCAGGAUCAGGAUCCCAGUGGACUCGGUCCUCUGGCCAGGCCACGCCGUCACCCAACUUUGAGGGUGGCAUUCAGUCCAUGCAGAGUAAAAUGGAGGACCGUCUGGACGAAGCCAUUAAUGUUCUUCAGCGUCAUGCCAGUGGGCAAGGAGGUCCAGGGCUGGCUGAAAUGCACAGCCUGCUCGCAUCAGGCUUAGGGCUACCUCCAGGCUUCACCAGUUCAGCACUUGGACUGGCCAGUCGUCUGCCUGGACUGCUGUCCAGUCACCAUGAGGACUCUGCUGGUCUGCCCUCUAGUGGAGGACUUUUGCAUAGUCACCACGGCCCCCCAUCUGUCCAGUCAGGCUCUCAUCCUGAAGGUUUUAACGGCUUGCCCGGCAGCCUAAGUCGAUCCAGUGGUGCAGAUAUCAAACAAGAGGAGAAGGAGGAUGAUGAGAACUGCUCCAUUACUGACAAGUCAGAUGAUGAGAGAAAAGACAUGAAGGCCCACCUUCGAACAAGUCUGGAUGAUGAGGAUGACGAUGAAGAUCUGCCAGUGGAAAUUAAGGCUGAGCGGGAGAAAGUGCGGAGGUUGGCAAACAACGCCCGCGAGCGGCUACGUGUGCGGGACAUCAACGAGGCUUUUAAGGAGCUGGGCCGCAUGUGUCAGCUCCAUAUGAGCAAUGAGAAACCGCAGACCAAAUUGAUCAUACUGCAACAGGCCGUUAACGUUAUAAUCAACCUGGAGCAGCAAGUUCGAGAGCGUAAUUUGAACCCAAAGGCUGCCUGCCUCAAGAGGAGGGAGGAGGAAAAAGUGUCGAGUGUGGAUCCCCAAAUGCAGCUUGGUGGCGGUCACCCUGGUUUAGGAGGAGAUGGACACAACCCUGUUAGCCAUAUGUAAUUUUCAGUUUCUCUUGAUUGUACAGCCCUUAGAACACGUGGCCUUAAUCUAUUGUUGUCAUGCAUCUCAGUGUGUGUUUCUCAACCUUUGGAAAGCACAUACACACACACACACACACACACACACACACACACACACACACACACGCGCGCGCCUCAUUACUGACAAAGCAGGUGGCCACAUUCCUGACGAAGAAGCACACUCAUACAGAAAGAGAAAAAAGAAAAAAUUACUCUUUACAUGACAAUACUUUGAGCCGAGGACACUGGCUUGGAGACAGUGGAAAUUGGACACAAAGAUGCUCUUGUGAUCAUGUUUUUGUAAGACAUUUUGAAAAAUCGCUUUACAUGUUGGGAGCAAAACCUGUGUGGAUCAAUUAAAACUUUUGGAUCAAUUGCUCAUGUGAGCAGAGUUAGGAUUUGUAUCGUUGGAUAAUUAUUGGCAUUCCCAUCUGAAAAGAAGGUCUUACAUUCUGCAGAAGCAAAGACGGACACCUGAGUUUAUAUGUUAUGACUGAACAAAUACCUUUUUGAAAAUGUGCCUAAAACAGGCCUAAUGUAUAGUGUUUGGUUAAGACAAAAACUGUCAUCAUUGCCAUCCUCAAAUGUGAUGACUGAAUAACAAAAGUAGGUUUGAAGAAGCCACUGACUGGGCAAUCAAAGAGCUGACUCCUCUUCUUGAUAUGCUGGUAAUUCUGGCUGUGUUGUUUUUUUUUUUUUUUUCCUUUGGCUGAAAAGGUGCCGUAGUCAGUGACUCACACAUGUGGUGAGAAAUGUUUGUUUCUUUUUAAACUCGGAUCCCUGGUUAUUAUCUCUUUAAGUAAGUCCUGUACAUGUGUUAUUGUCACUGCCAUGCAAGUGGAAUGGAAAGACUGCCGGAGAGAGAGCCACCACCGACACAAACACAAACAAAGACUUUACAAAUGCAGGAUCCACAGUGGUGUUGAAUCAAAUGUGCACAUGGACAUCCCAACCUUCCCUCUGUGAGGCUGCCGUUGGAAGCAUACAGGUGUCGUCCUCACAUUUUAAGCCAUCAUGAAGUCAGUCACUCAGCGUCAGUCUCAGCCAUGUGGUCAGCAUGGACCCUCUGACUAACACAGCCAAUGUCGUGUGAUCACAGCCUGACCACAUCAAAUCAUACAUAAAGACACUGUUACAACAUGGUGAACUUACUUAAAGUAAGUCUCAGAGCAACUUCUAUUGUGGUCAAUAACAUUUUGCUAGAAGGCAGAAAUAACUGAGUAUUGAAGGAGUCAUAAGUUUUACUGCUACCUUCACUGACUGACUUGUUUUGGUUGUUGCUCUGUGUUGAGCAUUUGGGGUUUUGUUUAUUUUUUUUCCCUUUUUGAACAAUUACAAAGCCUGUUGUAUGGAUCUUCCUUUUGUAGAAUUGAUCUAAUGUUUUUUUAGUUUAUUUUUUACUUUGUAAGAUAGUUGUAUGAGUUUUGUUCUAUCAUUUGGAAUGCUUUCUUUUUUGUUUACAUCAAUUAAAUGUAAGACAACUCUCAAUUUAGAUUCCAGGAACAAACUGAGGUGUUUUCUUUUGUGCCAGGUGCUUAGAAAAUGUUAGAAAUGACAAAAUGAUCUGGCUGUAACAUCACAUGUUGUGAUAUUGCUCUUUUAAAAAAAACAAACAAACAAAAAAAAAACUUGCCUGUUUGAACACAAACCUGUCAGGCCAGUUGUAAUUGAAUUGCUCUGGUGUUUGCGACAGUUUUUCUUUGAAUGAAACACAAUUUUUUUCUUCAGCACACCCCCCUCUCCUCUCCUUGAUGUCCAGCUCUGUGAUGAGCUUGUUGCUUAGUUUGAAGAAGGGGUAGAAGGGGCGGUCUGCACAAUCUGCAACAUAAGUCAAUGUUUCAUUAUGUUAUGAAGCAUAAAAUGAAUCAAAAAGGGUGGCCUUAGUCAUUUUCCUGACUUUGGGAGUUUUGAUAAUGGUUACUCACCAGUGCCUGCAUACUUCUCUGCUACAUGGUGGAUGAUGUUACAUUUAUGGAUUUAUAGGUUGUACCUUUUUUUAUACUAUAGAUGUAUAAAAGCAUAUAUACUUCAGUAACAUCUGACAGUGUCUCAGAACAUCUAAAUGAAGAAUUACACUCAUCGACACUGACUGCCUCAGUGUCUGUCAUUAGAUGUAAUUCGACUAAUAACCUGGUCUACAACUUUGACACUGAAAAACUGUGCUUAAAAUUCCUCAUCUUUUAUGUACUGAUUCUGUUGAAUAUAAUUUUGUCCUACUGGCAUGUGCAUUGAUAUGUAUGUACAGCUGUAUAAUAUGUCCUUAUCAGCUUUAUCACUAUAAGCUGAUACUGAUAGGUAACAGUAUUUGGUUUACCUCUGCCUGUCAUUUCCUCAUAAAUCUUGCCCCAUGGACUAGCCCCAAACAUUAUUUUCUUCUUUCUACUCUAGCCUUUCCACAGGGAAACAUAGUGUUGUGAUAUGGAAGAUCGCUACUGAAGGCUUGUGCUUUUAUUUCUUUACACGAAAGAUAUGUAUGUUUACAAUAUCUAAGUAUCAAAACAUGCAGCUGUUAUCAAACCCUUUCUGUCCUCCACAACAGAUGACCUGCUGCAGAUCUCUCUGUUUUAACUCAUGUUUGGGGACAACAUCUAUGUAGGCUAUGUCCUCAAAGUGCCUCCAGUUUCCUAUUUUUUAUAUAUAAAGUAGAUAACGAGAACUGUUGUGUCUAUAACAGUAAUGUAGCAAUAAAU